AUUAAUUUAAUAUUUACCGUAUAAAUAUCAUAUUUUUAUUACAUCUAUUACAUGUUUAUGUUUAUACAAUCACAUUAGAAGAGAUACAUACGAAGCGUGUAGCAUACGUAGCAACACGUGUAAACAUUGAAAGGAUAUCAUAAAAGGAUGAUCUGGUUGUAAAAACAUAAUUAUUGUUUAAUUACUUUAAAUUAUUUAAUUACUUUGACUAAGUAAUUGAAACUACGAUAAAAUGGUAAAAAAACUCAAAAUCAGUGCGGUUAAAAGAAGUAAUCAAAAACGAACCAAACUUUCGCAACAAGGAAAACUUAAAACAAGGAGACAUAAAUUGGCAAAGAAACAAAUCCAUAAGAAAGUACUUCCACAUACAGAAUCCGUGGAAGAAGAAGAAAGUGAUCAUGGCGAAGAUCUUAUGGACAUGAUUGAAGAGGAGGAUCUAGAUUUUUUAAAGAAAGCCAUUUCUAAUAAAUCAUAUAAUUUGUUGAAACAAAUUCAUUUAAACGGAGCAGCUGAUGAUAAAACAAACCAUAAAAAUAAGGGGAAAAAAGAAGAAGACACAUUAGAGGAAAGGUAUGAAACUAACAUAUCAAAAAUAAUUGAGACAGAAGGAACGAAGAAGGUUCGUAUGUUACUUCCUAUAAAAACUCAAAAUGGAAGUAUAGAAAGAAGAUUAAUUCAAGAAAAUGAUAUUGAUAAUGAAAAUGCAAUUCAUGAGACACAUGAUGCAGAAAACAGUAAAAUGGAAUUAGAAUCCAAUUUUCUUGAUAAGGAUGAAAAUGAAGAUAUGAAACCUGUGUCUAUCAUAGAACUUGUAGCGUGUCGUGAAGAAGUACUGAGAUCUAAACGUUUAAAAAUUGGAUUAUUAUCUAGUAGUCUCUUAGAAAUGCCAGAAGCUAAAUGUGAUAAUUUUAAAACAUUAUUAGAAUUAAUGGAAGAAACUAAUCCAGAGGUAUACAUUACUGUAAGAAAAUUGGCAACUGUUUCUUUACUGGAAGUUUUUAAAGAUUUGUUGCCAUCUUAUCAAAUUCUUCAAAUUCAGCAGGAAGGUGUAAGAUUAAAGAAAGAAACACUUGCAUUACAAAAUUACGAAGCUACAUUAUUAAGAUAUUACAGACAGUAUUUACAAAAGUUAGAAAAAAUGACUAAUAUAUUAAGAAGGAAAAAAGGAGAUGCACGACAAAUAAGAAAGCAAGAAAUUGAGCUAGGGAAAGUUGCAGUAAAAUGCAUGUGUGAUCUUUUAACAACUCAUUCUUACUUUAAUUAUUCUAUUAAUAUAGCAAAUUUUCUUAUACCAUUGUUAGAUAAUAAAGAUAAGUUUGUAAGACAGGAAGUGUUAAAAUGCAUUUCCCAAUUGUUUAAAGAAGACCAACGUGCUGAAUUAUCUCUAAAAAUAGUACGUAAAUUAAACCAAUACAUAAAAUUAAAAGCUCAUUCUGUUCAUUCUGAGGUUCUAUCAGUAUUUUUGUUUCUUCGUAUAAAAGAUGUAAAUCUAGAUAAAGAAAAAGAAGAAGAGACUAAACAAAAAAAACUUAUGUCUCAUAAACAAAGAAUUCUUGCUUUAAGUAAACGUGAAAGGAAAAAGAAUAAGAAACUUGAACAAGUGGAAAGAGAAUUACUUGAAACUAAAGCAGAAGAGAAUAAACAAAGCAAACAAAAAUUACUUACUGAAAUAACAAGUGUAGUAUUUACGAUUUACUUUAGAAUUUUGAAACAAGUUCCAAAUAGUAAAAUCUUAUCUAUUUGCUUGGAAGGAUUAGCAAAGUUUGCACACUGCAUAAAUUUAGAUUUUUAUCAAGAUUUAGUAAUUGCUAUAGAUAAGCUAAUGGAAGAGGGUAAUAUAAACUUGAAAGAUCAAUUGCACUGUAUUCAAUGUGUAUUUACAAUAUUAUCGGGACAAGGUUCAGCAUUAAAUCUUGAUCCUUACAGGUUUUAUGCACAUCUAUACAAAAAUUUACUGAAUAUUCAUUGUGGUAGAACGCACCCAGAAAUGGAAAUUCUUAUAAAAAUUUUAAUUCAAGCUUUAAUUCAUCGAAGAAAAAGAGUUACACAAAGUCGUUUAGUAGCAUUCAUUAAAAGAAUAGCUACUUUAACUUUACAAUUACAACAUAAUUCGGCACUUGGCAUUCUUGGUAUUAUAAAACAAAGUAUGCAACUUGGAAAAACGCUGGAUAUUUUGUUGGAUACUGACUAUUCUACUGGAGAUGGUUUUUAUCAAGCAGAACUAGAAGAACCAGAGUAUUGCAAUGCGCAUUGUUCAGCAUUAUGGGAACUUACAGCUUUACAACGACAUUAUCAUAGUGUUGUACAAAAAAUGGCAAAAAACAUAGUUCGGAACGUGCCAUCAGUAGGUGAAGGCAGUUUAUCUCCAGAAAUUGCUAAGCUUUCUCCAGAAGAACUUUAUACUGAAUUUGAUCCUACUGGUGUUGUAUUUAAACCAGCAGUACCAGUUCCAAAAAAAACAAGUGUCAAGAGAACAAUAACAACUCAUCAUUUUAUAAAUACUAAAUUUAAAGAAUAUAUUAAUACUAUAAAUAAUACUGAAUUAUUUGCAUAUGGAUAUAUAGAUUUUUAUAAAGCUUAUAAUAAUUAAUACUGUAUG